AUGCAAACCGGUCAACCGUCUUCUUCCGAUUCCACUGUGCUCCACAACAAGAGCAAAUCACACGCUACUCCCAUUCCAUGCAGAGGGUGCAGCAAGGACGCUACUUUUGUACUUGUCCACGGUCAAGAUGAAAAAACAUUUACAUGUGAUGAUUGCCAAAAGAAUUGGAAAUUUCAUUACGGGCAGCUAUGCUAUUGCUCCAAACGAUGUUUCGUUCAGAACAGUCAAUUGAAGCUUUUCGGUCAUACUCUGUUGGUCGAUGAUGAGUGUGAGGAUUGUGGUAAAGAUCUGCAAUUCGAUAUUCCUGUUCAAGUGGUACCGAUCAAAGCAAGGAUCGAAGAUUAUGGAAAGAAGCAUCAGGUACAGUCUCUGAUCAGAAAACGGAAACGUGUCCUUGAUCAAACGUUUGUCCACAAAUUCAUGAAGCCGCAAGCCUCUGCUUCCUUGAUACAACCUUCGUUUACAUUUCAGUCACUCCUCAUUGGUAAUGCUGGACACUAUCGAAUCAACACUCAACAUUCCCUUCCCAGCAAUGUUCAUAUCAAAAACACUGCUGAGCAAGAAAGGAACGCCAAAGUGCAGGCCUACCUUAAUAACAAUAUUUUGAAAGAUUGUAACUCAGUAACAGACGAAGCACGAAGAUUAAUAUUCAACUUUUUAAUUGGCAACACCACUGAUAACCACCAAGACAAGAUUCUCAUUCAUGAAGAAGAGGAAAAAGAUGUGAAGAUACAAAUUUUUUUCCAUAUGGACCAUACCAGAAGACAGUGGAAGAAGAUUAUGCAAAAGCAACACAAAACCAACACUGAUUAA